UCGUCCCGUCCCACCCCCGGAACGUCCGGCUCGGGGCGGCUUCCCAGGCGGCCCGGCGGCGGAGAAGAUGCGCGCCCGGCUGCUGCUGAGCGCCGCGCGCUGCCUUUGGGCCCGGCGGCCCCCCGGCCCGGCCCGGCGGCACCGCAGCAGUGGCAGCCCGCAGCUGGAGGAGCUGUUCGCGCGCGGCGGGCCCCUGCGGGCCUUCCUGGAGCGCCAGGCCGGGGAGGCCGAGCUGGGCGCCGCGGCCCAGAUGCUGCGGGACAAGGAGCGGGAGCUGCGGGAGACCGAGCCCUUGCUGCAGGAUGAAAAUGAAGAUAUAAGGAAACUUGCAGAGAGUGAAAUUACUUCUUGCCAGAAAGAAAUAACUCAGUUGAAACAGCAGAUUGUCUUACUUUUGGUUCCCUCUGAAGAAACAGAUGAAAAUGAUUUGGUCCUGGAGGUAACGGCAGGAGUUGGAGGCCAGGAGGCGAUGCUGUUCACUGCGGAGAUGUUUGAUAUGUACCAGCAGUAUGCUGCGUUUAAAAGGUGGCACUUUGAAACCCUGGAGUAUUUUCCAAGUGAAAUAGGAGGUGUCAGGCAUGCGUCUGCCAGCAUCGGGGGCUCAGAGGCCUAUAAGCUGAUGAAAUUUGAAGGAGGGGUCCACAGAGUGCAGAGAGUGCCAAAGACGGAGAAGCAGGGCCGCAUCCACACCAGCACCAUGACGGUCGCCAUACUGCCCCAGCCUACAGAGAUUAACCUGGUGAUCAAUCCUAAAGACUUGAGAAUUGAUACCAAGCGAGCCAGUGGCGCUGGGGGCCAGCAUGUGAACACCACAGACAGCGCAGUCCGCAUCGUCCACCUUCCCACAGGUAUUGUGUCCGAAUGUCAACAAGAGAGAUCUCAACUGAAAAAUAGAGAGCUGGCCAUGAAAAAGUUACGCGCAAAACUAUACAACAUGCAGCUAGAAGAAGAAACCAGCAAAAGAUAUAAUGCGAGGAAGAUCCAGAUUGGCACUAAAGGAAGGUCAGAAAAAAUAAGAACGUACAAUUUUCCACAGAACCGAAUCACAGAUCACAGAAUAAACAAGUCUUUUCAUGAUCUUGAAACUUUCAUGCAAGGAGAACAUCUGCUGGAUGAACUUGUACAGUCACUGAAGGAGUAUGCCGAUUAUGAGUCUUUAGUGGACAUUAUUUCCAAAAAGGUGUGAGUUGAUAUGUUAUAUUAAAGACAUUUAUAGUUCAUAAAAAUUCUUUCAUGGCAAAAUGUGCUUUUGUACAUGAACACAAAUAUGCAUAUUUCAAUAUGUAAUUUAUAUAAAUUGGUGUAUUAAAAGAAAUGUAAUCAUGACUGUCAAUUUCUUUAUUCUUCACAAGUAAUCAAAGGAAAAUAGUACUUUGUUUUAUGUAUAAUGUUUAAUGAUCAAAUAUUUUUCAUAUUUGAUUUUUACAUAUGUAACAUAAGAAAGGCUUCAAAUGUAAGAGCAUUCAGGGAGUAAAACCUGUGUGAGUCAUUGCCCAUUCAGGAGACACAAAUCACGUCAUUAACUUGUACAGGGAUUUUACUUUUUAUUUAUUUAUUUGGCUUUUUGGGUCAUACACGGCAAUGCUCAGGGCUGACUCCUAGCUUUGCAGUCAGAAAUCACUCCUGGCAGCACUCGGGGGACCAUAUGGGAUGCUGGGAAUCAAACCCGGGUCGGCCGCGUGCAAGGCAAACGCCCUACCCGCUGUGCUAUCACUCCAGCCCCUGUACAGGGAUUUUAAUGUAAAUAUUUUUAGUUGGGUAUCAGGGAAAUUUUUUAAAAGAUAAGAACAUUGGGUUUGAGAAGGCCAAGGAAAGUGAGCCCUUCUGUCCAGGGUGGAGAGUCUGGUUAUUAGAGAGGGCGUGGCUGCAGCCCUCUGGGGUCAGGGGUCAGGAGAGUCUUGGGGGCUCCCCCAGUAAGCACUGGUCCAGUGUCGGUGAAUUAGGUACUUACUAAGGCCCAACCUUAGGAAUGGUUAGUGAACCAGAAAGCCUCCCGCCAGUGUCUCCCCCAAAUGAAGCUAGUCAGUAUGUGUCUGCAUUAGGCAUGUCCAGAGAAUAGCCAGCAGGAAGCAUGUACAAGGGGAGGCAUUUAUGACGAGGAACUGGCUCCGGUCAGCAGUGUGCCCGCUAGCUGGAAGCGCAGAGCUGAUCACUCUGGAAAUAGUUGAUGACACAGUUCUCGUCAUGGAAGCAGAUCUUUGCUGCUGAGAUCUUUGUUGCCAUCAGUUGGCCGUGCUCAAGCACUCGUGCUACUUACUAGUUGCACUAAUAUGUUUUUGUAUGUAUUUAUUUAGAAGUUACAAAUACCAUUACAUUUCACCCUGAUAUAUCUCAUUUCUGAGUUUUAAGAAAUCAUUUUCCCACAGAAGCACACUCUUCACGCACGCCUACAAAAUUUGGAGUAAUUCGCUCAUCUUUUCAGAUGUCCAUUUAGUCACAUUUCCCUGCUUCUUUAAAAUUUUAUUUACUGGUUUCUAUAACUCGUGGAUGACAGCACAACAGUUUGUGUUAAUUAAGCUACGUCCAAGUGAGGGCCACUAGUGGCGCAUCCUCAGUGUCAGUAUGUUAUGCCAGAAUCCAGUUAAGGAUCACACAUGGAAGUUGAUGGCUCUCUUUACCAAGGGCUACACUGAAUUUCCAUAACAUGCAUUUUUCCCUGCUGACACUAUUGAAUAUCCAUUUAAGAUCAGACUUUUAUAUCUUAUAACUUGUUCCUCACAUCUUAAUAAUAUUCAUUACAAACUGAAAGCAAAGCUUUAAAAUUUCCCUGGUUUUUGCAUAUUGUCUCUAGUAACUGAGUGUUUUUGUGCUUAAGCCCUAUUUCAGACCCGAAGUGCUAUGUUGAAGUUUAUGACUUUCCAAAGUAUGGUCAAUAAAUAUAAAGAUAAGCCUUGUGAAUCGAGAACUUAGAGUUGAAAUCUAGCUUAAAGCUAAAUCAGGACAAUCUUUCCAUCAAUAAUUUUU